CUUCUAGUCACACUAUUCAACAUGUCUGCGCUCUUGAGAUCGGCACGGCUACUCAAGUCAUCACCUAUUUCUCUGUUCCAGAUCGCCGGGGCGAACAUACGUGGAUCAGCGCUUAGCAGACUAUAUAGCGGAGCGCUCGUUGGCCGAGGAGUCAGAGUUAAUCCAAGGCAAAGCUCGUUUGCGCUCGGCGUUAACAGGUUCGCAUGGCCCUUAGCUGCGGCCCGUCAUACCGGGGUUGCCCCGAGGCAGGAGAGCGAGUCCAGAUACCAGGGCACCUCCGUGGUUCGGGCCCGGCAGGGCAUGCAGUUUGACGAGGCCGUGACCCGGCUGAACCGCAUCGUCAGGCGCUCCGGGCGCAUCACGAAGACCCUGCUGAUGACCAUCUUCCACGACAGCUGCCGCUCAGGGUUCCCCAGUGGGAACCUGGCCCUGCUGCUUCUGCGCAGCUGUGGGUCCCUCCUCGCUGAGGUUCACCCGUCGGAGCGCACCGAAAUCGUGCACAAGAUAUGGGACAAACUGCGGGAGAUGGGUAUGACUUAUGACAUCAGCCACUACAACACCUUGCUCAAGGUGUACCUGCAGAAUGAGCACAAGUUCUCCGUGACCGAGUUCCUGGCCAAGAUGGAGGCCGCCAAAAUACAGCCCAACAGGGUGAUGUAUCAGAGUCUGGUUGCUGUGUACUGCCAGGAGGGAGACAUCGAAGGUGCCGGUAAGAUCCUGGAGUGCAUGAAGAGUGCGGAGAUGCCAAUCUCAGAGGCCAUCUUCAACUCGCUGAUCACUGGCCACUCCCGCGCGGGGGACAUGGAGAGUGCCCAGGACAUGCUGGAGGUGAUGAAGGCGGCCGGGAUCGAGCCGGGAUCCGAGAGCUACCUGGCCCUGCUGAACGCGUACGUGGAGAAGGCCGACAUGGAGCACUUCAAAGAGCUCCUGGAGGCCAUGAACAGGUCUGAUGUCUUCCUGAUGGACAACGAGUUAAUGGAGGUGCUGUUCACGCUGGCCAAGGCCGGGCAUCACCAGCAUAUCCCCGAGAUCCUGGCGCUGAUGAGUCUGGAGCACGGAUAUUUGGCAGACGCCAUGAACCUGUGUCUGAGGCUGCUCAACCUGGAUCUGGAGGACACGGUCAUGACCUUCCUCAAGACCUUCCCCCUGUUCCUGAAUGAGGAGGGGGAGAUCGGCGAGCCAGGCAGCUUCCUGCUGCGCCACUGUGUCUACAAAAACAAGCCGAUUGAAAAGAUUCAGCAGUGCUGUAGAGAGCUCCAGGAAGCCCAACUCCACUCCACACCAUUACAGUACUCCCUGCAGUGUGCUCUUGAAGCCAAUAAAGCAGGGCUGGCAUUACAGCUGAUGAAGAUGAUGAAGCUGGAGGAAGGUCUUCCCGUCAGGCCGCAUUACUUCUGGCCUCUGCUUGCUCAGUUACAAAAGGAAAACAACAAGCAAGGUGCUCUGGAAAUCUUGAAGAACAUGGAGGAGUUGGGGGUGCCGGCUAAUGUAGAAACUUUCCAACGCUACAUCCUUCCCUACUACAGCAGCACAGAGAGUGCCUACUCUGAACUGAAGGAAGCGGGCUAUGAGGUAGAAACGGCGGACUUUACCGCGGCGCAGCUCCGGGUGGAGUCUAUCAACGGAAACCUGGAGAGGGUCUUCUCUCUGUUGUCCUCUUAUACUCUCCCGGCCCUGAGCUCGGCCCACACAUCUGAAGAGGAGGGUCCCAGCGACCCGGAUAUCAUGGCCAAGAAAAUGGUUCCAACUUCGUUCCAUUCCCUGAUCUCCGGGAUGCCUGCGGAUGAGAUUCGGGCCCAGGAGGAGAACGCUCAGACAGUACUUAAACCAGCUGAAGAGGCAUCACCAUCAAGGGCACCACUACAAAGGAAUACACAUGGCGCUCAACCAAACAACUUGCCUCAGCUCCAGCAGGCGGCGCUGGAACUUGUUGAUUUGAAUGGCAUAAACGACAGGCCACGGAUGCCCAGAGUAAGCGUGCUUCUCAGAGCUGUGGCUACAGGGGUGAAGGUGCCGCUGUUAGAGCGGAAGCUGGAGGAGGCGCAGGCUGCAGGGGAGCCCGUCGGCCCCCUCCUCAAGGCUCUGAUUUCUUGCCCUCUGUUUGGCCCCACCCACGAACCCCCUAGAACAAAGCGGCAGCGUGUGUACACCGGACCUGACCCGGGCCCUGGAGCUGAAGGCGCGGCAACCAGGCUGACAUGCCCGGCUGACAUGCCCGUGCAGGCCUACAUCUCGCUCCUCAACUGCUGCUGUCAGCACGACAUGGUGGAGCAGGCCCUGAGCCUGAAGGCCGAGCUGCUUGAGAAGGACCCGUCUCUGGUCAUGACCGAUCGCAAGUACCUGGUGCUGAUUAGGGCCCUGGCGAAGCGCAAGAUGCUGGACGAGGCGGUGGACCUCCUGAGGGAGAUGAAGGAGAAGAGCGUGCCGAUAACCAGCAAGAACUACUCGUUCUUCCACCUGCUGAACUUCCUGGCUCUGCAGGGGGACGAGGAGGGCGUCAACCGCCUGCAGGCGGCCAUCUUCUCCCUGGGCCUGGCCCAGCCGUCCAACGUCAUGUGCUCCCCUCCCAUCACCCUGCACCUGACCAAAGGUGACUAUGUGGCAGCUCUGGAAGCAGUGUUGAUGUGCCUGCAGCAGUACAGCCUGUUGCCGCGGCUACACUACGUGCUCUGCGGAUUGGUUAAAAAGGGAGAGAAAGAGCAUCUGCAGAGAGUGAUGAACUUGGUGAGCACGGAAUGGGGCGAGAGGACCAUGCUGUACGACCUGUUCUAUCGCCUUCCUGCAACGGGCAGAUUCAAGGAGGCCCGCAAAAUCAUCGAGAGCCCUGGCAUGAUUGCACGGCCUGGGCGCUUGCAGUGGUUCGCAGAGAAGUGUGUCGUCGGCAACCACGUGGAGACUCUGGAUAACCUUGUGGACAUGACGGUGAAGCUCUAUGAGUGCGACAGAGACGAUAUGUACAACUUCGUCUUCCGCCUGUGCCACUUCAAUAACGACUGGGAAAAGGCCCUGGCCACCUGGACCAAGAUGCAGGAGGAGAACGUGGUUCCCCGCGAGAGGACCCAGCUGCUACUGGCCCGCAUCCUGAAGAACAACGGCCAGGAGGUGCCCUUUGUGAUGCCUGAGGUGUGGUAUGAGAAAUUUGCCACAGUCCAAAGCACAGCCCAACGCAAAGCCCAACGGGCAACCGAUCCGGCAUCCGAAUGGGCAGCCCAACAUGCAGCCCAACGGGCAACCCAACGGGCAACCCAACGGACAGCACAACGGACAGCACAACAGACAGCACAACAGACAGCCCAACGGACAGCCCAACGGACAGCCCCACACGGGUCUAAGGACAUGGAGAUGCGCAUCAUGAGGCAGUGCAAUAACAAAGUCAACGAGGCGUUCACCUCGCUGAAGGAGGCCGUGGAGAAAAACAUCCCUCUGUCCGCCGCCACCUACACCCGCGUGAUCAAAGCCCUGCUCGCCGGGGGCAACAUGGCGGGCGCCAUGGUGGUCCAGGACAUUGCUAACUCGAAGCUUGGAAAGUUCACCUUGAACGAAUCGGUCCACAGCAUGUUGGUCAUCACCAUGGUGAAAAAUGGUCAGAUCAAAGAGGCCAAGGACACCCUCCUGGCGAUGAUCCCAGAAGAACAUGUGCCGUCCCAGUUGGCUGUGAGCCGAUUGGUUCAGGCGCUCGCCGACCGCGGAGACCUGCAGGGGGUGCUGGAGGUGCAGGGCGUCGUGACCGAACUGGGCGCCUCCCUCAACCUGUCCCGAAUGCUGUUCAUCAACAACAUCGCCUUGGCACACAUCAUGAGUGGUAAUGUGGAUGCCGCGGUGGAGGGCUUGGAGGCCCAGUUCAGCGAUCCGGACGGGCCCGUGGUGAGCAGCAUCGGGUACCUGUACCGCCAGCUGUUACAGAACGACAAACAGGACGCCAUCGACAAACUGACCGUCAUGGCGGAGAGGCUGGCCAACGAGUCGUCCAUCUACCGAGCCGCCGUCGACCUCUUCCUGGAGUACGUGCAUCUGGAGAGGAAGGAAGACGCGAGGCUCCUGCUGCAGCGCUGUGCUGGCAUCGCGGAGCAGAAGAGCGUUUUGGGCUCCUACAUGGUCAGGAUGGCCAGGUCGAGUCAGGCCCGCUCUAUCGAGACCCUCCAAGAACUGAUCCCUGACUUCACUGAGAAGGAGAUUUAUUACUCCUACCUGGUCAAGUGCUACAAAGGAGACCUCCCGGGGAUGAAGGCCAUGCGGCAGCAGAUGCAGGAGGAGGGGUCGUUGCUGACCCCCUCACUCUGCACGUCAUGGCCGGCGUGUACAAGACCGCAGGAGAGGCCGUGCCAUUCGAGGAGCCCACUGAGGCCAGCGUCGAGGAGGAGAUACAGAGGCGCAGAGGGAAGCCCCUCCUGGUCGCACCUGCCACGGAGGCCUGAUGAACCCCCCGCCCCCCCCGCGCGCCCCGCCUUGCACCCGUCCUCCUGUCCUCCUGUGAUUCUGCUUAUUCUGUGCUCGUUAUGUUUUUUUUAAGUCGUUCGAUCGGUCCGUGUGGAAUACUGUGACGUCCGGGGUUGAACUCACUGAGCUCUGUUGCUGUACAGAAGUAUUUAUGCCUCCCAAUAAAAAAAAUCUGAGAAACGGAACCGGUGAUGUGAACCCAAAGAUGCCCGAAUAGAGACUGCGUGCGUGGUUUGUGCGCGUGCGUGUGCGUGUGCGCGUGCGUGUGCGUGUGCGUGUGACUGGUGUGUUUGGAUUAGUGCGUGCUCAGGUGCUCAGGUGUUAAGGUGAGAAAACAGGCCCCACAGGAAAACAGGACUCACUUUCCCCUGAACAGUGUGGUGGUUCAGUUCCCAUGUCCGUCUGUAGGGGUUUAUAUCCCCCAGUACAGGAUGGUUACAGAGCGCCUGACUGCUACUGCUGGGACGGAGUGUGUUUCACUGGCACUGCACUGCAGAGAGGAGUGGGUUAUACUGGGACUGGUGGAACCUCACUGUACAGUGGAGUGGGUUAUACUGGGACUGGUGGAACCUCACUGUACAGUGGAGUGGGUUAUACUGGGACUGGUGGAACCUCACUGUACAGUGGAGUGGGUUAUACUGGGACUGGUGGAACCUCGCUGUACAGUGGAGUGGGUUAUACUGGGACUGGUGGAACCUCACUGUACAGUGGAGUGGGUUAUACUGGGACUGGUGGAACCUCACUGUACAGUGGAGUGGGUUAUACUGGGAAUGGUGGAACCUCACUGUACAGUGGAGUGGGUUAUACUGGGACUGGUGGAACCUCACUGUACAGUGGAGUGCGUUAUACUGGGACUUGUGGAACUUGUACAGGGCAGUUGUACAGGACUCAGCGGAGAUGUAAUGUAGUUUCCCAGCCAUUCCUUCCCCACGACCUUGUUUCAGUGUAGACUUAUGAAUGAGGUUAAAUAAAGCGUGCAUGGUAUAAUUACACUUUAACGAAUAACGUGCUGUAAUAAUAAUAGCUAUAAUUAAAGGUUCUUUAACUUCUA